AUGCACCGAUCUACAAUCAGCCUUCCCUUGUACGGAUCAUACGACUCACAAGAAGAAGGGAUUGACAUGGAAGAAAACGAGAGUUUUCUCGAGAUAGAUCAUACCCUUGAUCUGUGCGAUACCAAUCCGGAGGAAGACGGUGAAGAUAUUGGCAGUGCAUCUUGGUUGGAUCGUUCUGGUUCACAUCCGCAUACUACUUCCCCUUUCUAUCUGAAAGACUCCGGUCGAGCCACCCUUUCAAACUACGACACCCAGAGCUCAUAUGCAUCUUCUCCCAUCAAAAGUGCCUCAGAUGCAGCCACGAAUGUAGGAGAUUGUCCUCAGGAGUGUAGUCUUGAUCUGGGAUUCAAGUUACCGAAACGGCAACAACGAAAUGAGCCGUUGAACAUCCCUUCGCCUCCAUAUCCUCAGGGUGCCAUAAUGUCCGUCAUAGUGGAUCAUUCACCUAUUCCGAGUCCGCAAUUUCAGAGGAAGCCUCUUCCUGCUUCACCACCGGCCCACCAACGCGUUCGCUCACUCUCCUUUUCCAUUUUGGAAGA